AUGACUGGCCAGAGCCUGUGGGACCUGUCGGAGGCCAACGUCGAGGAUGGAGAGAUCCGCAUCAACGUAGGCGGCUUCAAGAAGCGGCUGCGCUCGCACACGCUGCUGCGCUUCCCCGAGACGCGCCUGGGCCGCCUGCUGCUCUGCCACUCGCGCGAGGCCAUUCUGGAGCUCUGCGACGACUAUGACGAUAUCCAGCGUGAGUUCUACUUUGACCGCAACCCCGAGCUCUUCCCCUACGUGCUACAUUUCUACCACACCGGCAAGCUUCAUGUCAUGGCGGAGCUGUGCGUCUUCUCCUUCAGCCAGGAGAUCGAGUACUGGGGCAUCAACGAGUUCUUCAUCGACUCCUGCUGCAGCUACAGCUACCACGGCCGCAAAGUGGAGCCUGAACAGGAGAAGUGGGACGAGCAGAGCGACCAGGAGAGCACCACGUCCUCCUUCGAUGAGAUCCUGGCCUUCUACAACGAUGCAUCCAAGUUCGAUGGGCAGCCCCUGGGCAACUUCCGCAGACAGCUGUGGCUGGCGCUGGACAACCCCGGAUACUCGGUCCUGAGCAGGGUCUUCAGCGUCCUGUCCAUCCUCGUGGUGUUGGGGUCCAUCAUCACCAUGUGUCUCAAUAGCCUGCCGGACUUCCAAAUCCCUGACAGCCAGGGCAGCCCUGGCGAGGACCCCAGGUUCGAAAUCGUGGAGCACUUUGGCAUCGCCUGGUUCACAUUUGAGUUGAUGGCCAGGUUUGCUGUGGCCCCUGACUUCCUCAAAUUUUUCAAGAAUGCCCUAAACCUUAUCGACCUCAUAUCCAUCGUCCCCUUUUACAUCACUCUGGUGGUAAACCUGGUUGUGGAGAGCACACCUACCUUGGCCAACCUGGGCAGGGUGGCCCAGGUCCUCAGGCUGAUGCGGAUUUUCCGCAUCUUAAAGCUGGCCAGACACUCCACUGGCCUCCGCUCCCUGGGGGCCACACUUAAAUACAGCUACAAAGAAGUAGGGCUGCUUUUGCUCUACCUCUCUGUGGGGAUUUCCAUCUUCUCCGUAGUGGCCUACACUAUCGAAAAGGAGGAGAAUGAGGGCCUGGCCACCAUCCCCGCUUGCUGGUGGUGGGCCACCGUCAGUAUGACCACUGUAGGGUAUGGGGAUGUGGUCCCAGGGACCACGGCAGGGAAGCUGACCGCCUCUGCCUGCAUCUUGGCUGGUAUCCUAGUGGUGGUACUGCCCAUCACCUUGAUCUUCAAUAAGUUCUCCCACUUUUAUCGGCGCCAAAAGCAACUCGAGAGUGCCAUGCGCAGCUGUGACUUUGGGGAUGGAAUGAAGGAGGUCCCUUCUGUCAAUUUAAGGGACUACUAUGCCCAUAAAGUUAAAUCCCUCAUGGCGAGCCUGACGAACAUGAGCAGGAGCUCGCCAAGCGAACUAAGUUUAAAUGAUUCCCUGCAUUAGCUGCGAGGGCUUGACAUCCUCAAACCCACAUUGCUGAGCUGUUUCUUGUGCCUCUGGCACAGUCCAGGCACAUUAGGGUUAUGGUGUAAGGAGUAUGCCCAGCCCCAAAGGGGAGAGAUGCACGGGAUAUGCACCCCAGGUUGCUUUUACAGUAUUUAGGAUCAUUUUUAGAGGGUGGUGUGUCUGACACCAUGCCUUUGCACCUUUCAGUGAAAUGACACUCACUGGUCUUUGCAUCGUGGGCAUAAAAUGUUCACCUUUCUGCCGGAUGAGUACCACCUAGAAUGCUAAUUUCUCUGUUCAUUGUGUUCUCUAUUCUAGUGCUUGUGGCCCAGUACUGUCUCAGUUGUUUGUACUCCUGUUUCUGAGGUUGUCGUGUGAGUUCUGUACAAAAAGCCCCCACAAAUAUGUCCAGUGGAAACACAUCUACGGGGUCAGCGAGGAUAUGAUGAGGUUUUGCUGACAGUCAUGUAGAAACGAAAUCUCAAUUCUUUAUCCAUUGCUUUCAUUUAGUUUUAAUACCAAAACAAAGGGAAUGUGAAGUUAAGUACACAUGACUGAUGCAAGUCUGUGAGUUGUUUUUGUAACUCUGUAGCCCUGUGGCUUGCAUGGGUACCCUGCUCACUUUUAGAGUGAUGUACACUGAUGUUCAUCUCUUAAAUGUUGCUCUCUAGAGAAUGUUAUUUUGUUAAUCAUGUAGUGAAGAUUGAAAUUUUCACCAAGAACAGAUGCAUUUAGGGACAGGGGCUUCAGCUAAACGUAGGCCAAAUCACAGGAUGCUUGAAGACCUUUCAAAGUCAGCCCUCCGUCUUUCCUAGGGUGGUCGUAGAGACAUUCAUUUCUUGCUGAGGUUCCUGGUCUAGGUCAUUUGAAUAAACUUUGCUGUGUCUUAGAUACUAGCAUGUUUUUUGAAAUGUUUCUUUUUAAAGAUGUUUAGAAAUAAGAUUGUAUUGUCUUUAUCAACUAAAAAGUUUACUGUUGUAUUGUCUUUCUGAGGCAAACAUUGUUGGGUUGCUAGCAAGGGCAGUAGCUUAGAAAAUUUUGUUGCCUGCUCUGAAAGCUUAUAAAAUGAGAGCCCUUUUAUUUCCAGCAGAAUUUACUUAGAUAAUUUUGCUUCUAUGAUACGGUAUGUUACAUAUGAUGCUCUAAUUGCCUCAGAGUUCCUGGUAUGACAUGGAAACCUGGUGGUAUGGAAGUGUGUGCUCAAAAUAUAGACACGUGGCUUAUCCAGGAUGGAAAUACUAUAGUUCUUAUUUCCAUUUCAGCUGCCUUUUCUUGGGGGAGGGUUGGUGGAGGCCAGGAGAAAGGAAGGAGUUGUAAAACAAAAAAGCAUUGUUACUUAAUAAAAUGUCAUAAAUAUUUGUAAACUUCUUGAGAAGCUUGAUGCUAUUUAAAAGACCUUUAAACUUCUAAACUUGUGUUAAGGUUGAGAACUCUUUCCUUCUCCAGAAUGCCCUCCCUCUUCUUCUUCAGUUAACCAGCACAUAGCGUUUUGAAGGGUUAACCUGGACCCCUUUGUAAGAUAGUUCUCUGUUAUAUUCUAGGUAAUCGGAUGGUUUUCCAGUUGGCUUCCAUUGUUGUUCAGCCUUUGGAAAAGCUGCAGAAUCCAGGGGUCUACAUGCGGAGUUAGGCAGGCUUUUUAUCUAUGUCUUGGAUCUUCCUUAAAAAGGUCCGCUUUGUGUCUUAGUUGGUUGAAAGUAGUACAUACUUCUUGGGGAUGUGGUGAGGAUCUUGUCAGAGGCUUUGUGUACUUGUAGUUGCCAUGGCUACUACAGAGCGGGCCAUUUGCACUAGUCACUUACGCCUUUAGGUCCCCAGUUCAAAUCUUUCCAUCAGACUGGAGCCUCAUGGUGGGCAGGGAGGCAACCACGUCCUAGUGCUACCUGGUCUACAGUCUACAUUUGUUUCUCAGAAGCAUCAGGAAAGGUGAGAUGACUUAGCGGCAACCAACCACCAAGUCAGAAGGGCAGGGUUAUUUCUCAGAGUUUGCACAUGUAGCACUUGGCUUUGGCUGAUGUUUCCAGCACUGGAAGGCAGAGAAUUUACGAAAUAAUCUCCAGCUGCACCGAGGCAGGUGACGGUACAAACUCGUGAGGACUGUUCAGUUUGCCAAGGCUGAUGGUAUUGGGUCACUGAGUGUGGUAUCCACGGUCACUGACCAUAAAGCUUGUGAAAAGUGGAAACAAGGAAGGAGGCUGAAUAAUUUAGUCACUCUCAUGAGUAUUCUUUUUAAACAGGCAGGUUUUACCACCCAAAACAGAGAUACCUCUAGUGGUUACUUUUUGCAGAUGUGAAAGCUGGAAAACCUGACUUUUCAUUUUGGUGAUGACUUGCGUUUAUCUGGUGCCUUUCAUUGGGGGAAUCCCAAAGUACUUUAGAGACUGUCUUUUUAAUAUCUUUUGUACAUAUAUAUACUCGUAUAAAAUAUUAUUUUGCCCAUUCUGGAAUUUCAGUUACUUCCGAGCAUGAGAAUGUCCUAAUAGCAUUAAGGACUCCAAGCAGUGGUUUCAGGUAAGAGGGAGAGAGAACAACCCAGCUGGCUUGAACACUGGAGUUAAUUCCCACAGAGGAUGGAGAUAGAACUGUGAUCCAGGGAGAAAGAACACGCCUCUCCCACAAAGUACGACCAAGGUACGCAGUUCACAAGUGCUCUCAGCUGGGCUUUGAUUGACCUUGUUAGAUAACAUCUUAUGGAGCAGUUUCUUCUGGUCCCUGAAACUAAUCUGUGCAAGGAAUGGGGGGUGGGGUCAUGUGAAUUUUCUGCUCUGUUUCUGGAGUUAAGAACAUAAUUGUGAGCUGACAUCUUUUGCCACCAGGCUGUCCGACUGACCUGUAAACCUCCUUUAGGGGGACCCAGUAAAAGCUUCAAAUCACCUAUUUCCAGCUGUGGGCUUGAGAGCAGCUUCACUCCCAACAUUUGAAGGUUGUUCUUUUCAAUGUCUUUGGGACAAAUACAUGGGCCAGGCUUUUCUGGAAAUAUAUGUGAUGAGCGUUUUGACAGCGCUGGCUGGGAAGUGACACUGUGUCUUUUCUGCACAGAUGAACACUGGUUAUAGUUUGGUGUUUUCUGCCAACCCCCCGCAUCUCCUGGGUUUGCUUCUGAGGAGGGGCAUGUUAUAAUGCCAGGCUGAUUUGUAGCUCCUAAGGUAGUAAUUGGUAUUUAAUCCUUGGAUUUGUUAUUUCUACUUGGCUUAGUAUUCAAAUAAUGGAACUACCUGCUAAUUCUUGCCUCAUUUCAAAGAAAAUGAUCUGUUACGCACUUUGGGAUAGCAGUGGUCUGUACAGGCUGUGUGUUAUCUACUUGAAGGCUUAACUGGUAUUGCUUGUAUGU